AAAAAGCGCAUUUUCAUACUCUAAAACAGCAUUUUCUGUACACUUGACUUGGAUAGAAAGCUCACAAUCCCUGUUCAGAUUCCCAUUUCAGAAGAACAUCAACAGUUAAAAUCUCCUCUCUGCAAACACCAUGGCGCAACCUGCAAUGGCAAAUGCUCGCACAAAAAUUCAAUCGAAGAGAAAGUGGUCCAACCUAUCAACAUACGCCUGUCGCAUAUAUUUCUUGCUCAUCAUCCUUCAGGUGCCCCUAUUCAGGAUUCAGUGUAGAUCAGGCACAUGCAAAACACCUAUUCAUGUUACAUCUUCACAGUUGAUUUCUAGUGAGGUCUUCCCUGUGCCAGUGGUGAAAAGCCUUCUCUAUCCCGGAGCCAUCGUAAAUGGCAUCAUCACUAAUAUGACUGUGCCUAGCUGGAAUAAUCUGCUCGACGUUUAUAACUUGACUCACAUUAAAAAUGCUUCUGCAGUACCUGACCUACAACGCUUGGAGGUUCUUGCUGGAAGCUACUUCUCUGUGGCUGGCUCCCUCAUUAAUAUCAUAAAACCUGGAAGAAUGAGCAUGUUCGGGACCCUUCUUGUUGUUUGGGGUCUCGUAAAGGAAGGACUUCUCAAAAAGCCUGUGGAUACUGAUCAAACAACAGUUUUCGUGUACCCAACGAUUUUGGUUGCUUUGGUUUGUGCUUUCUUAUCCGUGAAAUACGACAUUAAGAAGGUGGCCAGAAGUGCCCCUGCCCAACCCGUGGCAAAGCCUCUCAAGAGCUCGUCCAAAUCCAAGUUGAAAUGAUGGAGGAUGUCAUUUCCUGUAUUCUUGAUUUUUGUUUAUGAUGCGAUUUUCAACUGAUAGCUUUUUUGUUUGUCAUCCAAGGAAACCUAGCUUAUUGUCAAUUUGUCCGAUUUUGUCGCCAUCAGGUAAGAAAUAUGAGAACUAGAAGUGUAAAUCUGGGUUUAGCCCUUCAUGUAGUUAACCUUAAACACAUUUAUGGUUCAAAUUUUUCAUUUUACUCCUCAA